CGAGCGGGUGUCGCCACGGGACGAGCGAGUGUCGCGAACGAGCCGCCGGCCGGCGCGUUAUGGACGUUGCAUGAGCGGGCGCGAGCGCGACCGCUGGAGCCGACGGGCACGCCGGUCGUGGAGCGCGCGCCGUGGGCCCCGGGCGGCGCGGGCAUGCGCUUCGAGGGCGCGGAGCGGCGCGACGCCGUCGCGUUCCACCCGUUGCUGGCGCCGCGGCCGAGCGACUUCUCGGUGUCGGCGCUGCUGACGGCGGGCGCGCUGCCGCCGCCGCCGUACUUGCCGGCCGCGCUAGCCGCCGCCGCCGCGCUGUCCGCGCCUUGUCCGCUGCUCAAGCCGCCACCGCCGCCGUACGCGCCGCUACCGCCUGACGACGACGGUGUCGUCGACGAUCCCAAGGUCACACUCGAAGGCAAGGACCUCUGGGAGAAGUUCCACAAGCUGGGCACCGAGAUGGUGAUCACCAAGAGUGGCAGGCAAAUGUUCCCUCAAAUGAAGUUCCGCGUCUCCGGUUUGGACGCGAAGGCCAAAUACAUCCUGCUGCUGGACAUCGUCGCAGCAGAUGACUACCGCUAUAAGUUUCACAACAGACGUAUGUUUCCUGCCUACAAAGUUCGCGUUUCUGGUCUUGAUAAAAAAGCAAAGUACAUUUUGCUAAUGGACAUCGUAGCUGCCGACGAUUGCAGAUACAAAUUCCACAACAGCCGAUGGAUGGUUGCCGGCAAAGCCGACCCAGAAAUGCCGAAAAGGAUGUACAUACACCCAGACUCACCUUCGACGGGCGAGCAGUGGAUGCAGAAAGUGGUAUCAUUCCACAAACUAAAGCUGACGAACAAUAUCAGCGACAAACACGGAUUCGAGCUCAUCUAUAGCCAAAGUCAACGGAUGUUGUCAAAGUUGCUGUGGCCCAACCCAGCCCCUAGUGCACCCAGAGAUCCCAACUCUGAUCAUUUGUGUGUUACGCAGACGAUCCUCAAUUCGAUGCACAAGUACCAGCCGCGAUUUCAUCUGGUGCGCGCCAACGACAUCCUCAAGCUGCCCUACAGCACGUUUCGCACUUACGUCUUCAAGGAGACCGAGUUCAUCGCCGUCACGGCUUAUCAAAAUGAAAAGAUAACACAAUUGAAGAUUGAUAACAACCCUUUCGCGAAAGGCUUCCGGGAUACUGGUGCUGGAAAACGGGAGAAAAAUUUGUCGGUGUACCGCAGGCAGGCGCUGCUGACGGCGCGCUCCGACCCUCGGGACGAUGAUGAUGAGCGGCCUCUGGACGUCGGCGGACCUUCCAGCCCGCCGCCCCCACCCUCGUCCACGCAGCACACGACUAGUUCGUGGUUUAGUUCAAGUGGUGGCGGCGGCGCUGACUCCGGGCCAGAGGAAGGCAUCGAAGCUGGUUCCGAUUCGUCGUGCUCGGGUGGCGCCCGUGCUUCCUCGCCCCCCGCGGGACCCUCGCGCCCAUCCCCCGCGCCGGAUGUGUCCCUCGGUCCGCCGGUACAGCCGCCGUUACUGCCGUACCUCUAUCCACCGUCGCUGUACCCGCCGCCGUUCUUCCCCCCACACCAGAUGCCGCCAGGUUUGCUGUUCAAUCUGCACCCCUUGCUGCAACAGUACUCUCUGCCGCCGCCCCCCGCGCCCCCUGCUCCGGCCCCAGCGCCGUCGCUCACCAAAACGCACAGGUUCGCCCCUUACGCUUUGCCAGGGCUAGGCUCAGCGUUCGAGCAGGUUGCACCGCGCGCACGUAGUCUCAGUUCGUCUCCGGCGCGGCCGCGAGCGGGCUCCCCGCCCACGCGAGCUGCCUCUGCAGACCCUCCGCCCGACGCGCCGACCUCCACCACGUCCUCGACCCCGCCAGCAUCCGACCUCAAAAGCAUCGAGCGUAUGGUCAACGGGCUCGACGUUGAAACCCAGGACUGACUCGUGACGUAGCCUUGUACAUAGCGUGUAUUUAUAUUGUAGCCUCCUGCUUCACACCAAAAAGUCAUCGGGGAAUCGCUGAAGCGAAGGGGCAUUGUUUUGUAUCGUUCCUAUUUUGUUUUUCUUUCGAGUUCUAUUCGGGUCGAUAAUCGUAUACUGUUUGUAAAUAGUUAAGAUUAUGAUAGGUUCAGUCAGGUGCGGGCGACGGCAGUGUGACACGGCUACCUGCCCGUCACUUCAUGUAGUCACUCACAGCACUCAUGGGGCGUUUGACUGUUGAACGUACAUCUACGAUAGCUGUAUACUUCUAUCAGUAGACUCCAUUAUAUUGACUCAUAUAGCUAUCACUCAUCCAUUUCUUUAACCUGCUAAAAUUUAAGGAAAUGACUGCGUGUCUGUCCUUAAACCUUUUUCGUUACCAUAUGAACAAAUAUAAUUGAGACCUCUUGGAAAAAUAUGUACUUAUCGUUGAAUCGACCCUUGUCGUUAAAUUGUUAUGAUUUUAUACUAAAAUUAUUGACCUAAAUUCUGCAAAAGAUAUAGUUAUCGUAGAUACGUCACAGUUAGUAGCAAGAUUCCUGAAACAAUUUGGCCUUUUCAAUAUAUUUGAAAUGGAAAUUUACAAUUAAAAUAUAUUACUAUAUAUUCUCAAGGUAGGCCAACAAAAUCGUGAAAUGUUUAAUAUUUAUUUUUAUCUAUUCAAAAUUUGUUAUGUGUAAGUUGAUUGUUGAUACUAUAAAAUUAUUAUAGGAGUCACAAAAAAAUAAAUGCUUCAAACACCUGGAUUAUAAUUAUAGUAUAAAUUGAUCUUGUAAAGUAUUAGUACAGUACUAUUUAGUACAAAUGAGUAUUAUUCAGAUUUGGAUUAUUUAAAAGAACAAAUGAAAAGAUUAACAUAAUGAAUGUAGAAUCUAGAUGUCGCUAGUAGGAAAUUACAGUAAAACAAUAGAGGCAGUGAUAAUUGUAGUGGCGCCAGUAGCAGAAUUAAGAUCGUCAGAGUGGCAGCGAAAAGUUGUAAUUCGGUCGCGUCGUACAGUAUUGCAUCGUACAAUACACAUACCGGUAACAUAUGUUCUCUCACUUUCUUUCAUUAUGUAAAGUUAAUUUUCAAAUCCUAAUAAAUUUGCCUUUUUGUCUGCCAGUAUUAUCCCUAAAGCGCCACUAGACUGAUGACUGCCUCUAAAUCGACACUUCGUACUGGCAGUCUGCAUCACCUGACAAAUUUCAAGAAAUUUUAUAAGUAUGUAACGAAACGGGCGAAAUGUAAUAUAUUUACGAAAUUCAGAUUUUUUAAUCUUAUAUAAAGUCGCACAAGGGAACGUUUUAAAUAUUUUCUUAUUCUUUCAAAAUAAGUUCAUUAGGAGAAAUACACAAAUGUUACCGUCAGCCAUUUCAUAUUUUGGUUUUGUGAUGUUUUUACCACAAAGUAUCAAAAUUUCAGUCAACGAUUUAUAGAAAAAUAUUUAUAUAAUAAUCAAUGCUAAGUCACUUAUAAUUUCUUGGCAUAUGUAAGAUGAAUUAAUUUGAAAUUUGUCGUGUAAUGCAAGCAUUACAAAGUCCAGUUAGUAUGCGCGCUCUAAAAUCAGAUAUGCGCAAGACACAAUGACAAUGAAGGGGUACGAAAUGCAAUAUAAUUUGUAUAUAUCGAAAUGAGCACCAAGUAAGGGUCUUGCUACAAAUAUUCAGCGUGAGAUCCAACAUCGAAUACCUAUCCACAUGUAGUAUCAAACACAAGUAGAUACUCAUAGAUACUCCACUGCAAUAGUGAUAGUGUAACUCCAGCAUCUCUCGACAAAUCUUGCUGUAGACAUGACUUCAUAUUAACAAAUUGUUUUUAUUUAAAUUUAUUUACGAAACUUAAUGUAACGCGAUUACAGGUAAAUAGUACGUAAGUCACGAAAAUAAAUUUAAAUAUAUAUGAAUGUAAUAAAAAUAUGAAAGUAUAAAUUUUGUUCUACUCGUAAUAAUCUUUCAGUACGAAUCUUUAUAAGUCUAUUUAGUAAACAACGUGAACUCUAAAUCAUUUGAAUUAAUUAAUGAAACAUAUUUUUCCGAACAGUAGACUAAACAUUUUUCCAGAAAAUGAUGAAUCUAAAAACAAAAGAAAUUAGUUUUACCAACAGAGUCAAUGCAGUAUGAUAGUAUUAUUUUUCGACUUAUAUUUCUCUAAAAAUGUUUAGUUUCACUAGUACAACUCUCCCUCAAAGGAUGCUUCUGUUAUGUAUGAUCCAAAUUAAGAGGGAAUAAAUAAAAAAAUAUUGCAAUUUUCCUAAAUUAGAUAACAAGACCUUAAACGUUAAUAAUAGGAAAGGAAAUAGUUAUUUUAAAAAUAGAACUCGCUCACGAUACUGUACUGUUUAAUUUUUUCAUUGUAGUGUACUUUUUUUUUUAAAUAGUCCUAUCGCCAAGAAUUAAAUUAUAAUAAUAUCUUUUUUUUUUAACUAUGUUAUUUUCAUUCAAUUUCUUUUAGUAAAAGAAAUUUCUGUUAGUCUAGUAAAUGACAAGUCAUUUCUCAGAAUUGAACAAUUUUGGGACUACAUAAAAAAGGGAUGUAAGGGAAAGUUUAUAAUAACAAUAAAAUAAUAAUAUCUUUUAGUACUUACUAAUUAAAAUAACUUUUUUCUCUUCGAUAAAGCUACAGUGUAAAUAAUAGUUCUACUUUAUAGUAGUAAAACGUAACGUGUUGUGAGUCAAGAUUGAUCGUAUCAGCCUUUAACUGUCCACUGCUGAACAUAAGCCUCCUCUUGGGGAGUUUUGCCAGUAGUUGCCACGCUUGGCAGCUGGAUGGCAACCGCAAUUAGGCUUUAGAGAUGUUUUAAGAAGGGCGCUGCUGGAGAUAUGGGCACCCUCGCCCUCCUUAGUCACCUCUUACGACACCCACGAGAAAGAAAGGGGUAGCCCAUUUAAUGCCGAGACCACGCGGUUAUAAUGGAUAGUUUUAAAAUAUUAUGUAAUUUUUAUUGCCUAGCUUUGUAGUUGUUCAUGUAUUUUAUAUGUCGAUAAAAUAUUAUUUGGUUAAAUUUAAACUUUUUCUAAAAAAAAAAACAUAACAUUACAAAUCUACUACAAAUUAUUCGUCGAAAGAUGUUGGACUCCUUUCAUUUCCCACUUAUAUAACAAAGUAAUUAUAUAAUAUUGCUUUAUUUUGUAAAUACAAUUGUAAGGUAUAAUAUUUACGUGUUUACUAAUUAAUAGACAUAUUUUGAAAAUAUGUUUUGUCAAUUGUGCUGUGAAGAUAUCAUUCGUUCAAUUGUUGCUUUCAAAUUAUAAAAUGUACUACAGAUUUUAAAAUAAAUAUACGAGGUAUGUGUUUCAAAAUUAAUUAUAAAAAUAAAUCAGCCGACACUAUUGUAAAGAGGUUGAGAGCAAUAAUUGGACGGGCGUACAAUGAAACGAUUGAUGAAAAAUCUAACUGUAAGUUAAAGUUUGUAAUAUAUAGUUGAUAAAUUGUAGUUAAAAUACAAAAUAUAUAAUUAUAAAAUGAAUAUAAUUUUCCAUGGAAUUCAUUAAAUUUAAGCGCAUUACAUGUUUAAUUCGUAAAUCAAAUCCGUAUACGUAUAAUAUACGUAAACACAGUUCUAACUUCCGUUUGUAACUUAGUAUUUUUCAUAUAUUAACAUCAGCGAUUUGAUUGUAUUAAGAUAAUGUUCAUUUGGGAUUUUUCUACAAAAGAAAUACUGCUUUGUUAAGUGGACAAGAGACUGUAACGUGCAACACCUGUAAUUGAGAUUUAUUCAUUAAAAUAUAUAGAUAAAUCUAUUGACGAAAUUAA